AUGCAGAUGGGAAGCAGCUUGGGGGGGAGGGGGACCUGGAUGCCUCUCUACCUCUCGUUCACCCUUGGUUCCUCUGUGGGCACACCUCCUGCCUCAGUCUCCCCAGAGAGGAGUCUCUCCAUCCCGGGCAGACUGGUUCUUCUGAAAUAUUCCUAGCAUGGGUGCGGUGGUGCCUGCAAGGCAGCCGAACACCAGCUCACUUUUUCCUCUGAGGCAUUAGUCACCCUUCCUCUUCCCCUCCGGGCCCCACCGCUCUGGGCUCCAUCCCCGAGGGAGCAGACACCGCGGGGCCCCUGGCUUCCUCUGCCAGGGAACCACCACCGGCGGCGGCAAGGAGGUGCAGGAGCAGGGAACAGCCUCUCUGCCUCAGGGCUGUCAGGAGGCCAGGCUUAGCUGAUGCUUCUGGCUUUCUUUGGGGAUCGGCUCAUGGAAGAAGGGCAUGGUGACUUGGGACUCGGGUUUCUGAAAAGCAUCCCUUCCCAGAGGCAGAUGUCACCGUCCAGUCGUCUGUGUCUCCUCCUCUUUGUCGUCCUGAUUCUGCCCAGCAGAGGACAGACACCAGAAAAGGCCACAUCCAGUUUUGCGGAGGACCAGACUUCUGUGAAUACUCAUGUCCCAGAUAAAACCAACCCAGAAGUCCAGCCUACCACUCCCAUUCCGAACUGGGAAGCUGAUGAAACCACACAAAGCCAGACAGUGGCCAGAACCAAGACCGAGCAACGGACAGAAAUGGGAGUGACUACCACGAAUCCAGGGACAGAUCCGGGGACACACAGGAGCAGUAAGGAAGGUACUACGACGCUCCCUGGGAUCAGGACUCCAAGACCAACCAAAGACAGGAUGUCGCACCACUUACCCGAGGCACGAGAUAAGGAUGAGAACGACCCCUUCUACUAUGAUGAUUUCACUCUCCGGAAACGGGGGCUGCUGGUGGCGGCCGUGCUCUUCAUCACGGGCAUCAUCAUCCUCACCAGUGGGAAGUGUAGACAGAUGUCCCAGAUGUGCCUGAAUCGCCACAGGUGAGUGGAGACUGACACCCAGCUGGAGUCUCCAUACCACAGCAGCUGCUCACCAUCCCCUGCCUCCUCCCUCUGCCCCAAGAGCCUACAGAGUGGUCAACACAAAAGGAACCCGGGAAGAAGAGGCCACUGCAGGGAGCCUGGCCUAAGGCUGGUGGCCUCCCCACCCUGAGGGUGCCUGGCUCCCCAGGCACUGCCCUGCCUGCCCCUUAUCUAAUCUGUUCAGAUAAAUCCAUAUGGUGGUUCUUCCACGGC